AGGUUCGUGGGAGUAAGGGAGAAGUUCUGUAUAUUUUGGAUGCCACCAACCCACGACACUCCAACUGGCUUCGCUUCGUUCAUGAGGCACCAUCUCAGGAGCAGAAGAACUUGGCUGCGAUUCAAGAAGGAGAAAACAUUUUUUAUUUGGCAAUUGAAGACAUAGAAACAGAUACAGAGCUUCUGAUUGGCUACCUGGACAGUGAUAUGGAGGCCGACGAGGAAGAACAGCAAAUUAUGACAGUGAUCAAAGAAGGGGAAGUUAAAAAUUCUAAAGCACAAUCAACAGCUGGCAGAAAAGAUCGCCUUGGCUGUAAAGAGGACUAUGCCUGUCCCCAGUGUGAAUCGAGUUUUACCAGUGAGGAAAUUCUUGCUGAGCAUCUUCAGACGUUACAUCAAAAGCCCACAGAGGAGAAAGAAUUUAAGUGCAAGAACUGUGGGAAGAAAUUCCCAGUGAAACAGGCUUUGCAAAGACAUGUUCUUCAAUGCACAGCGAAAAGCAGUCUGCAGGAUUCUUCACGAAGUUUUCAGUGCUCUGUUUGCAAUUCCUCCUUCAGUUCAGCAUCGAGUUUUGAGCAGCACCGAGAGACUUGCCGAGGGGACACCAGGUUCGUGUGCAAGGCCGAUAGCUGUGGAAAGAGGCUGAAGAGCAAGGAUGCCCUCAGAAGACACCAGGAGAACGUCCAUACUGGAGAGUCUAAGAAAAAGCUUGUAUGUUCAGUGUGCAAUAAAAAAUGUUCUUCAGCAUUAAGCCUACAGGAACAUAGAAAGAUUCAUGAGAUAUUUGAUUGUCAAGAAUGCAUGAAGAAAUUUAUUUCAGCUAAUCAGCUAAAACGUCAUAUGAUCACCCACUCAGAAAAACGACCCUAUAAUUGUGAGAUUUGUAAUAAGUCUUUCAAGCGGCUUGAUCAAGUGGGUGCUCACAAAGUAAUACACAGUGAAGAUAAACCUUACAAAUGCAAGCUUUGUGGAAAGGGAUUUGCCCACAGAAAUGUUUACAAGAAUCACAAGAAGACCCACUCUGAAGAGAGACCAUUCCAAUGUGAGGAAUGUAAAGCUUUGUUCCGGACCCCAUUUUCUUUGCAGAGACACCUGCUAAUACAUAACAGUGAGAGGACUUUCAAAUGUCAUCACUGUGAUGCCACCUUUAAAAGGAAGGAUACCUUAAACGUUCAUGUCCAGGUGGUCCAUGAAAGACACAAGAAAUACAGGUGUGAGCUAUGUAAUAAGGCAUUUGUUACACCAUCAGUGCUUAGAAGUCAUAAGAAGACACAUACAGGAGAAAAGGAGAAGAUCUGCCCAUAUUGUGGCCAGAAAUUUGCCAGCAGUGGGACACUGAGAGUCCAUAUCCGGAGCCACACAGGUGAGCGUCCCUAUCAGUGCCCUUACUGUGAAAAAGGAUUCAGUAAAAAUGACGGACUGAAGAUGCACAUUCGUACACACACCAGGGAGAAACCAUACAAGUGCUCCGAGUGCAACAAGGCCUUCAGCCAGAAGCGAGGUCUGGAUGAGCACAAGAGGACACACACCGGAGAAAAGCCAUUUCAGUGCGAUGUGUGUGACUUGGCCUUUAGCCUGAAGAAAAUGUUGAUCCGACACAAGAUGACUCAUAAUCCCAAUCGCCCACUGGCAGAAUGCCAGUUUUGCCAUAAGAAGUUUACAAGGAAUGACUACCUCAAAGUGCACAUGGACAAUAUCCACGGCGAAGCUGACAGCUAAUGGUAGCUGCAAAGCUAUUAAACCAUUCAGAAGGGCUUCUAAUAUGAAUCCCAGAUUUCUCUCACCUGAUCAACAUAGCAGAAGUAGCCAAAAGUAAUUCAAAUGGUCUCAGAGUUAUUUGCCUACCUUUAGAAUCUGUAGGUGCACAUGCAAACAAAAACAAAGAAAAAACCCUGCUUUCAACAAGAAAUGGUACAAAUGGGAGGAAAAAAAUAACUUCAAAACUUUGUAACCCUGCAAAAAUACUACAUGUGUUCCAUCUUAUAAACAACGGAGAAAGGAGUAAUGGCUCUCUUUAUAUCCAUUUUAAGCAAAGACCGUCUUUCUGUAAUGAAUUUAUGAACAUAUGCCUCAAUUAGGUCUUUU